AUGUCAUUUCGCAAACGAGGAGAAGUACUGAAUGACAGAGGCAGCGGUCUUAGAAGCCCAUUAAUGAGAGGCCCUCCGAGGACCCCAUCAAUUCCAUCAAGAGGGCCCAAUAGAACCACCCCUGGCAGCGUGUCCCUACCUGACACUGCGGAGAGGCUGAUGAAGCUGAAUAUCGCCGACGAGCCCAAGAGGGUGGACGGGUUGGACAGCACCCAUGUAGGUAUCAGGCCUUCCCCUGCGACGUCUCAACCUACUACUUCUACAGGAAGUAGUGAUUUGGACAAUAUCCUGGGCCAUAUGGGGUUGCCCUUAGGAAACUCCCUUUUAGUAGAGGAGCAGACUACCACCGAGUUUCAUUCAAUCCUUAGUAAGCUGUUUGCCGCACAGGGAAUUAUUCACAACAGAAUUACAGACGGUUCUGCUGAUAAAACUAGAAACGGUGACACCCAUGUCAUUGUUCUAUCAUUGAACCAGAUGUUUGCUAAGGAAUUGCCUGGCAUAUACAAGGGAUCUCGUAAACAGGUGAAGAAAAACCUGAUAUCUGAAGAGGAGUCUAAAGUCACCGUUCAAAAUUUGAACCAAACUCAAAGAUCUACACCUUCAAGAUACAAGGAUCUGAAAAUUGCCUGGAAGUAUAAAUUAGCAGAUGAGAAGAGAAUGGGCUCUCCAGACAAAAGUGACACGCAACAAAGUUCCGAAUACAAGGACUAUAAUCAUCAGUUCGAAAUCACAUCUCGUUUGAUGCCUGCCCCCAUAGCAUCUGAGUUAACAUUCAUCGCCCCAACCCAGCCUAUCUCCACCAUCCUGGGUCAAAUGGAGCAAAUCAUUAAAAAGAACGACAAGAAACUGAUAAGAAUUGUCAUCCCCUCCUUACUACACCCGGCAAUGUAUCCGCCUAAAAUGUUUGCGUCAUCCGAAAUAAUUGGGCUACUGCAUGGUAUAAGAAGUCUAGUCAAGAAAUAUGAUGAAAGGGUUGUACUAUUUGCCUCGAUAUCCACAGAUAUCAUUACGCCUCCAUUAUUGGUAAUACUGAGAAACAUGUUUGAUUCUGUUAUUGACUUGGAGCCCUUCAAUCAAGAAAUGUCGCAAUUUUUAGAACGUGUCUACAAGUCCCAACCGGGGAAGAUUCAGCAUGGUCUUGUCCACAUUUUGAAAUUGCCCGUCUUCACAGAUCGCGGUGAAAUGAGGGUUCUCAGGUCGGAAUGGGCAUUUAGAAACGGUAGAAAGAGGUUCGAGAUCGAAGAAUGGGGUAUACCUGUGGACGACGCUGAAGGUUCUUCAAAUCCAGACCAACCACAGCCCCAGUCACACUCGCAUUCCCAUCCUCAUUCAGAUAGCCCAAAUGAAGUCUCACACAAUAAGCCGGCUAAGAAAACCAGAAUCUCGUUGGAGUAUUGA